AUGAGCUGCACCCCAGCAGCAGCCCAGCACACAGCACCCAUCACCUCCAGGCCCCGGACGUCCUUCCUCAUCCAAGACAUCCUUUGGGAUGGGGUGGAACAGGGAGCGCAGCUGGAGAGGGGCAAGAGCAGAGGAUGCGGCAGCCAGGAUGGGGAGCCAGGGGCAGCGGCAGUGGAGGGGAGCAAGGGCAACACCCCAGCAGAUCCCUACCCGUCAGACUGUGCCCCCCCACUGCAGCCCAUGGCUCCGUGUCCCCCCAGGCAGGCGAAGCGCUCGCGGGCAGCCUUUUCCCAUAGCCAAGUCCUGGAACUGGAACGGGAAUUCAGCCACCAGCGGUACCUGUCUGCCCCCGAGCGAGCCCGCCUGGCCCGAGCCCUGCAGCUCACCGAGACCCAGGUGAAGAUCUGGUUCCAGAACCGGAGGUACAAAACCAAGCGGAAAGAGGUGGCCUCCGGCAUCACCAGACUGGGCACGCCGGAUGCGGCCGAGCUCCAUGGAGCAUCCCUGCUGGCGCUGCGGGGAGGAUGGCACUACCUGCCCUGCCUCUACUACCUGAGCGCCUGGAGCCCUGCCUGGUAG